AGCAAUGUCGGGGUACGAUAGUGCGUCCUGGCGUGUCUGAGCGAGGCAGGAGGAAGACGAUGAUGGAACCCAUAGUGAUCUGACGAGGAGGAGAGGGCGAACAAGGAUACAGCUGCAGGGACUGGCAUUGUUGAAAAAAAGCAAGGACCUUGUGAGGGAUAUUCGACAGGUCCGAUGACCAAUAGCUGCAGUGCGGUGAUGAGGAGGAGAGCGAGCAGGCAUGAUGGAGGAUGCUUUCAUCUUCAUGUCACAGCGAGAUCUUGCAAGCUCUUUCUCCUCCUUGCAAGCUUGUUGCCGGCUCUAGCACGUCACAAUCUGCGAAUAGAGCGGUCGCAAGAAAAAGCAAAGCUGUCCCUUUCGCCGACGAACAGUGAAGGGCCUCAGCACAAGAGCAUCGUAAUGAGGGUCUUGCCGCUGCUUGCAGCUCAGGGCAGCUUCAUGGGGACCGGCCUAUCCAACGCAUGGCUGACAUCUUCGGAUAGAGUUGAGGUCAAGGUGUUCGCGUCGAUGAGCGACAGAAACACCAAAGAGGCGUUCACAAAAUCCAUCGGGCACGUCGUGCAGGCGCUUCAGGGCUCGAGCGUCAUGAAUUUACACAUCGUCCCCUGGGGGGCAAGCACUGCGCUAUCACAAGAUGGGACUCCUCUCAACCUGACCAGCUUGCGAAGCCAAGAUCCUUCUUUGCUCGUGUUCGAAUGUGGACCGCAGCCCUCUGACUCUUGCCGGAGCAACCUGUGGCACGGUUGUCUGCAGAAAAGAUAUCCCGAUGUCAAGAAGUUCUUUCCAGUCUCGCUCUGCAUCAUUGCCAAGGCGUGCCUGAGUGAUGAGCGGCCGCCGGACCAGUGCUUUGGUCCAGUAGACGAUGUCGCAGCAUCUUGUGUAGGGGACUUUGGAGAUGGACUGAACGUUACGGAACUGCAACGAUGCGUUAACGGCACUGAAGGUGCUUCCGUCCUUCUGCAGAGUGCGGCCGAGACAAGCGAGUUGGAUCCCAGCCCACAGUUCUUUCCAUGGAUCACGAUCAACGGAGUGCCUCUCGCUGAGAUGGGGGGCAAGGGGAGCGAGGAGAUUCGAAACCUUGGCAGAGACGUCUGCGAGACUUACUCCAAGGACUCGUGGAAGAUGGUUGAUGCCUGCAAAGGCUUCUGGGAGUCCUCUAAGAUGGACACAGCCGAGGAUGGAGGGCCUACUCCCUCAGUCUUUGACGGUCGUGCGAAGUCGCCGGAGAACAGCGGAGCUUGGAUCUUGUUUCUCUUCAUUAACUGCUUCAUCGGCUUCAUCAGUUACAUCUUCUGCAUACCUGUUGAGCGGCCAAUUUCGAGCAGCGAAGCUAAUUUAGGUUAACCAAGCACGUUUUCUCACUGUCAAAUCAAUUGCCCAAUGUAAAGUUCCCUUGUAAACCACACGUUACAACUGUAAGCUUUGAAGCACUUGUCCGCUGUUGAUGAACAUCAUCGAUGCAAUCCGAGAGGGUAAUGGCUCCAAUACAUUUAUUGAGCACAGAUGGAGAGAAUUUAAAAAACAAUCGAUAUCAGUUAUUUAAGACAUUUGAUCCACUUCAUUCUGUCGAUUAAAGUAGUACAGAAACAAACCAAAAGCAACAGAGACGGAAACUUAAUGCAAAAGGAAGAUCGAUGGCAAGAAACAAAACUCAGCGACAACGCUAUCAGCUGCUAGGAGUACUUCACACAACAACAUGGAGAUCAACCACAAUGCCUUUCCCUUCAGUUUCCCAUAGCAACUCUGGACAACAAGAGAAUGAGGAGAUCGUAUCCAGAAAGAGCAAACAAGGGUAUCAAGGUAAACAGCAGUAGUCAAACAGGGACACCAAGAGAAGUAAGAGACAACACCAUGUUUACCAACGGCAUUGACAGUAACCAACCUAUGUCGUCUACCUAGUUACCUCACAGCCAUGGCUCGAACGGUUAUC